CAGAAGAGAAGUGCUAUGUGGGGGGUAGGUUUGUUAAAACAACCGUCAAAGACCAACUUUCUAAGAGACAGAACAUCUGCAAGUACAAUGCUGUUCCUGCAACUUGUGCUGCUGGUGGUUCUCCUCCCAGGUGGUGACAGUGAAGAUGAUUUCCAGGAGCCGAUCUCCUUCCAAAUCAUCCUGAUCUCAUCCUUUUACAACCAUUCCUGGGCACAAAAUUUGGGCUCAGCUUGGGUGGAUGAGCUGCAGACCCAUGCCUGGGACAGCAAGACUGGAAUUUUCACAUAUCUGCAGCCUUGGUCCAAGGGCAAUUUUAGCAGGGAGACGCUCACAGAACUGGAAAGGAUACUCCAUACAAAUGCUAUGAGAUUUUUUCAGAUAAUUCGUAAUCAUGUCAGUGAAUGGCAGUUUGAAUAUCCCUUUCAGGUACAGGCAGCAGGAAGCUGCGAGCUGCACAUUGGAGAGGCAUCAGUUGGCUUUGCCCGGAUUGCUUACCAAGGAUUAGAUCUCGUUAGUUUCCAGAACACGUCAUGGUGGCCAUCUCCAAAGGGAGGAAGCAGGGCUCAGAAGGUCUGCACACUAUUCAAUCAGGAUCAUAUUUUCAAUGAAAUACUAUACACGCUCCUCAGUGACACCUGCCCCCGGUUCCUGUUGGGUCUUCUUGAAGCAGGGAAGGCGUAUUUCCAGCGACAAGUGAGACCAGAGGCCUGGCUGUCCACUGGCUCCAGUCCCUGUCCUGGAUGUCUGCUGCUGGUGUGCCAUGUGUCUGGGUUCUACCCAAAGUCUGUGUGGGUGAUGUGGAUGCGGGGUGAGCAGGAGCAACAGGGCACCCAGCGAGGUGACCUUCUGCCUCAUGCUGAUGGGACAUGGUAUCUUUGGGUGUCCUUGGAUGUGAAAGCCACGGAGGCAUCUGGCCUGUCGUGCCUGGUGAGACACAGCAGUCUAGGAGACCAGGACAUGGUCCUCUAUUGGGAGCAGCCCCACUCCAUGGGCUUCAUCUUCCUGGUGGUGAUGGUGCCCCUGGUGCUUCUGGCAGGUCUGGCAUUGUGGCUCUGGAAGCGCUGGAAAACACACUGGAGACAUCAGUGCACUGGCUUCCCUUCUGAGCAAGAUCCCAGCAGCCCAGGCUCCGGCACUUACCUAAACCCAACUCAGUGGUGAAGUCCUUGCAACUCUGUUUUUUCAGCACCAGAGAAGCAAGCUGAGGAUGAAGGCUACAUGCAAGAAGGCAGAAAAAUUACAUUUGUGAAAUUUGUCAACAAGGUAGAUACCAAGUGUUCUCACAACAAGAAGGAGAAAUAAAAGAAAAGAAAGAGAAGGAGAAGUUCUAGAUGUGAGACCAUGGCCAAGUUAAAUGGCUUGACUAUGGGCUCCUGUCAUCAUGUACACAUACACCAAAACCUCAAGUGAUUACUUCAUUUUGUUUUUAAAAGAAAAGAGCAAUAAAAAUAUUCAACCAUGUGAUGAAUGCUACAUGAAAGAUUAACUUUCAUGAUUUGCUUCAAUAAAAGUUUUCUUGACCAAUUCUGCAUUUUCCUUGCAAAAUGCAGCAUGCCACACUAGAUGCAUCACAGGUGAGGAUGUGAGCAUUCACGUGCAGCUCCUUGCAUGCAUCACACGCACCAAACUGCCAUGGUUCUUCAGCCUGUCCUCUCUUAGAAGUUGUUGGAAGACAUUCCUCAGGAGGACCUUCAUUCAUGUCAUGUCACAGACUCUGCUGCAACUGUUAGGGCCCUAGAGGGCCCAUAUGUCCUGUGGUGUCU